AUGGAGAAUAAAAACAAUGUAACUGAGUUCAUUCUGUUGGGCCUUACACAAAGUCAAGAGUUUCGAAAAUUUUUCUCUGUCAUUUUUUUAAUCAUAUAUAUUAUCACAAUUAUAGGAAACAUACUCAUUGUCAUAACCUUAACUGCCAGCCAAACUUUGACAUCGCCCAUGUACAUUUUUCUAACCUUCUUAUCCAUUGUGGAUGCUGCUUACUCUUCAGUUAUUGCUCCUAAGAUGGUUGUGGAUUUACUGUAUGAGAAGACAAUCAUCUCCCUAGCAGGCUGUCUGACUCAGCUCUUUGCAGAUCAUUUUUUUGGUGGUGUUGAAAUAAUCCUUCUUGUAGUCAUGGCUUACGAUCGCUAUGUGGCCAUCUGCAAACCCCUUCGCUACAUGACCAUCAUGAAUCCUUGUGUGUGCCACCUGCUGGUGGCAGUAUCCUGGAUGGGGGGCUCCAUACAUGCCACCAUACAACUUCUCUUGAUGAUCCAUCUUCCUUUCUGUGGCCCUAAUGUUAUUGAUCACUUCGUGUGUGAUUUGUUCCCAUUACUGAAACUGGCCUGCAUGGACACCCAAGUUCUUGGCCUUUUUGUCAUUGCUAACAGUGGACUAAUGUGCCUAUCUAUCUUUCUCAUAUUAAUUGUCUCCUAUGUUGUUAUCCUUUCUUCCCUGAAGGGUGGUAGUUCAGAAGGAAGGAGAAAGGCCCUUUCUACUUGCAGCUCUCACUUUACAGUGGUGGUCUUGUUUUUUGUUCCCUGUAUAUUCUUGUAUGUGAGGCCAGUAGCCAUUUUUCCUAUAGAUAAAGCUGUGGCUGUAUGUGUUACUUUGGUUACUCCUAUGUUAAACCCGUUGAUCUAUACCCUUAGGAACACAGACGUUAAAAAUGCUAUGAAAAAACUCUGGAUCAGAUGA